CUUAUUGUUAGGAGUUUUGUUGUUGAUGAAUCUUGAUAAUGGUCAUGAUAGUUGUAGUGGAAGUUUGUGAAUUUCUGGCAAUGUUACUACAGGGGACUUUUGUGUGAUUUCUGUAAAACAUAACAGUACUACUGAUUUUGAUGGCAACAUCACCAUCUCCAAACUCAUCAUCACCUUCUUCUUCUGCUGCUGCUGACCCACCUGUGGCCACCACUGCUGCUCCCCAGCCUCAGCCAUUUCCACCUCCUCCAGAUUCUAAUUCUGCUGCUCAGCCUAAUGCAGCUCCUGCUACCCCUUCUGCUAUUACUGCUAAACCUCCUUCUGAAGCUCCCACUAGUUCUACCAAUUCAACAUCAUCGCCUCCUCCUCCUGCUAAUUCGCCACCCCCUUCCUCUAGUCCUCCUCCAUCGACACCGAUUCCAUUAAGUCCACCUACACUAACACCACCGACAAGUACUCCUCCACCUGCACCACCGGCAGGUCCUCCUAAUACAACGCCACCGUCAAGUCCCCCUACACCUAUACCCCCAAAAAGUCCUCCUAUACCCCAAACUAGUCCUCCUCCUCCACCAAGUCCAUCACCUCCUUCUGUACCUCCACCUACACCCGCAACAACUCCACCUGCACCACCAUCAAAUCCUCCCACACCACCAGCAAGUCCUCCUACACCCCCAACAAACCCACCAGUUAGUCCUCCUACGCCACCAGCAAGUCCUCCUAAACCAUCUUCAAGUCCUCCUACGUCACCAGCAAGUCCGCCUAAGCCCCCAACAAAUCCUCCUACACCGCCAGCAAGUCCACCUAAGCCAUUGCCAAGUCCUACGCCACCCAAGCCAUUGCCAAGUCCUACGCCACCAGCAAGUCCACCCAAGCCCCCAGCAAGUCCUCCACCUACACCACCCUCUGAUCCACCAAAGAUUCCUGCAGUUCCUCCAUUGAAUUCUCCUCCCAAUUUGCCUUCACCACUCCCAGGAAAAAGACUCUCCCCUCCACCUUCAUCAAUACCUUCUCCUCCUUCACCUCCUCAAGUACCAGUGCCUCCAUCAGGUAAUCCGUCUACAAACAACUCUAAUAAGCCCUCGACCUCGAAUUCUGAAGAUAAUGGUGGCAUUGGUAUUGGAGGGACCGUAGCUGUUGUUUUGAUAAUAGGUCUCAUACUGCUUAGUGCAUGUGGAACAGUUAUUUGGUGUGUCAGAAAGCGAAAGAAGAAAUCUUCUGCAGUUAAUGGUGGUCAUGUUUUACCAACCUCACGGAGCUCUUCUCCAAAAUCAGAUUCAGGCUUACUAAAAGCACAGGCAUCAGCAGCCCAUGGUGAGAAUGGUAGUGGCAGUGGAUUUGUAUAUUCGCCAGCAGAGCCUGGUGGAUUGGGUAAUUCGAGAUCGUGGUUUACUUAUGAAGAACUUUUGGAGGCUACAAAUGGAUUUUCGGAGCAGAAUCUACUGGGUGAAGGUGGAUUUGGCUCUGUGUACAAAGGCUACCUACCAGAUGGAAGAGAGAUAGCAGUAAAGCAACUGAAGAUUGGAGGUGGACAGGGAGAACGAGAAUUUAAAGCAGAAGUUGAGAUAAUUAGCCGUGUACACCACCGGCAUUUGGUUUCCUUAGUCGGUUACUGCAUUUUUGAAAAUCAAAGGAUGCUUGUGUAUGACUAUGUCCCCAACAACAACUUGUACUUCCAUCUUCAUGGGGAAGGCAUGCCAGUAAUGAAGUGGGAAACACGCGUAAAGGUUGCCAUUGGUGCAGCUCGUGGAAUUGCUUAUCUCCAUGAAGAUUGUAAUCCUCGCAUAAUUCAUCGAGAUAUCAAGUCAUCAAAUAUUCUUUUAGAUAACAACUUUGAAUCACGGGUUUCUGAUUUUGGGCUUGCAAAACUUGCUUUGGAUGCAAAUUCACAUAUAACAACACGUGUUAUGGGAACCUUCGGAUACAUGGCUCCUGAAUAUGCAGCUAGUGGUAAAUUGACUGAAAAAUCUGAUGUUUAUUCUUAUGGCGUUGUGCUUCUGGAACUAAUUACUGGACGCAAGCCUGUGGAUUCUUCUCAACCCUUGGGAGAUGAAAGUUUAGUUGAAUGGGCUCGACCCUUGCUUGGUCAUGCACUUGAGACAGAGGAUUUUACAGCAUUGGCAGAUCCAGGGCUUGAAAAUAACUAUGUCGACAUUGAGAUGUUUAGACUGAUUGAGGCUGCUGCAGCUUGCGUGCGACAUUCAGCUGUGAAGAGACCACAAAUGGGGCAGGUUGUGAGAGCAUUUGAUAGCAUGGUCACUGCAGACUUAACCAACGGUAUGAGAGUCGGUGAAAGUGAGGUAUUCAACUCUGCAGAACAAUCUGCAGAAAUCAGAUUGUUUAGGAGGAUGGCAUUUGGUAGUCAAAAUUACAGUACAGAUUACUUUAGUCAAGGUAGUAAAAAUAGUCAUUUGCCCUGAUGUACAUUUCUUGUAUAGCUCAAUUAUUUAGAUAUAUCUAGAAAGUGUCAAAAUAAAGCAGAUUUGCUGCUCAGCUGAGAGAGGUACGAGUUACCUCAGUUUUGAACUCCAAUAGAUAGAAAAGAAGAGAAGCUCGGAAUUUAAUUUUGCAAGUAA